GUCUGGGUGGGCAUAUGGUGCUCCAAGAAGCAACAGAAAGACUUUGAACAUGAAACUACCUUGGCUGAUGAUCUGGGCUGGAAUACUGCUUUUGAAUCAAGUCACUGCUGACUGCAACAUUACUUCUCAAACUGUAAGUAAGUUAUAUAUGCAUGUAAAUCAUUCUCAUUUUCAAAAUACAGUGGAAAUUGGAGUCAUUUUCAAUGACUACAAAAAUGAAGUUCCUAAGAAAGAAGCAGACAGAGACAAAUAAAAGGACGUGCUUUGCUAUGAAAUAGGAAUUAGCUCCUGGAAAUCACAUUAGAUGGUUAAGCAACACUAAAAGUUAUUUGAUAUGGUUUUAUAUAUUGGUCAAAUCUUUCUCUGCCAUUUCGGGACAGGCCUAAAUCACAGCAGUUGUUUGGACAAGACAAAAAACUGCUCAAGUUUGAGCAAUUUUGUGUUAGCACUUGCCUAAGUCAGGAUCAAAUGUGUGUGAGAUAUUUUAAAGUAUUCCUUAUAAAAUUCUCUAAGAUAUUUUAAGAUAUUAUUUCAAAUUCUAUUUUUUCAAAAUAUUUAUUUGACAAAAAAAACCCAAUGGAUAUAUACAGUAUAGAACAGACUUUUAAUCUAAUUUGUUUUUAAUAAAGCUAACUGGAUACAGUCUGGUCACAGCACUAACAAGUUGAACAUAGACUACUUAUCUAGGAGGAGGAACAACACAACCAAUCUCUUUCUAGUACUCAGAAUCUCAUUUAAAUCCAGUGCAAGUACCCUGCCAACAAACUGUAAGCUGCAGUGAUGCGUAAGGAAAUCUACUUUUUUCAGAAGAGAAAAAUGUUUCAAGGUAUAGAGAAUAAAAACUCUCAAACCUGACAAGAGUACAGCUAUGCUAAGCUUCAACACAGAAAAUCAAAAUGAAUUUAAAUGCUAUACAUAUAAUAAAAAUAUGUACUCAGGCUGGUUGAAAGCAUGUUCCAAAGAUGUUUUCAAUAGUAAGCAUAGCUAUUUUAAAAUAAAAUAAUAUAUUUGAAAAAGGUUAUUUUAAUUAAUUCUUAGUCUUGAAUCCACUUUCUCUAUGACAUCUUUACUUGGUAGUUUCUUGACUAUGUGGCAACAGAGUCCUUUUCUACACAGUCAGACCUCACAUCAGAAUUUCAAAACAGACAGCCCUAAUAGCUCCAAAGUGGCAUGCCAGAUCAGUUCUAUUUAGGAUGAUAACCACAUAAGCCUUGUAAAUCUAUCAGAAUUUAAGCACUAAGUAUCGUUACCAUCAGGUCACUACACACGAGGACAAUUCAUUCCCCUGUAUCACUAAUCUACAAGAACGUUAUGGAAAACAUUAACAAAACAGCACAAAGACUAGUAGGAUUUUUCUUAUAAAUGGCUGCCAUUAAAAAGUAUUCUUUUAUUCCCAUUAACAGUUAUCACUGGAACUCCUUCAAUGGACAUCCCUAUUGUAUUUUAAUUGUUGAUACUAUCUUUUUUCAACAGGUCAUUUGUGAUGAGUCUGGAAAGAACCUCUCUAGCAUCCCCACUGAUUUGUUGCAAAAUGUUACUAAAUUAAAUCUCAAAAAUAAUAAAAUCACUUUAAAACACAAUGACAAAGAGAUUCUUAUAAGGCUUUCUAACCUCGCUGAGCUUUUUGUGAAUGAAAACACAAUUACUCUACUAUAUAAUAACAGCUUCAACAAUUUGACAAAACUUGUAAUUCUGGAUAUCAGCAACAAUUGUAUUAAUACAGUUCAUCAAGCAGCACUUCCAGCAUCAUAUCGACUGACAGUGCUGAAUCUAUCCUAUAACAGGACUACUCAAUUAGAUUCAGAUGUAUUUUCUUCUCUAAAAAAUCUAAGAGUUUUGAAUCUUCAGAAUAACCUUUUGGAAUCUUAUCAUACAAAACCAUCUUUUAAAUUGACUACAAUUACCUUAGAUGGAAACCCAUGGAACUGCUCCUGUAGCCUCCUUGAUUUACAAAUAUGGCUAACUGCUUCUAAUGUGACAAUGGAAAAUGAAAACAACACUACGUGUACAUUCCCAAACACAAAGCAAAAAUUCUCCAUCAAGACUGCAACUAUUCAACCAGUUGACUGCGGAACUGAAAAACUUUCUUUAGAAACUACUAUAACUUCCACUUAUGCCAUUAAGAAUCAAAGCACAGUCUUUCUAACAGCUCUGACUUCAAACAUCACUGGAAACCACGGAACAAGUGCAGCAUUUCCAUUCCUUGGCAAAAGCUGGACCUUCCUCGUGGGAGUGCUAGGGUUUGUCCUAACCACUACACUCCUGAUUUUUACUGCUGUAAAAUGCCCAACAUGGUAUCAGUACUUGAUGAGCUACAGACACCGUCGUCUGGAAGAAAACGACCCUGAGAUGCUUCAACAGGAGUUCUCAGCUGACAUGAGUUCUUUUCCUGCAAUAUCAGAUAUAAAUGAGGAUCCCAUAGUAAUAUUUGACAAAACUAAUGCUUUUGAACCUGAGGAAGAUGGAUUUAUUGAGGAUAAAUACAUAGAUACUUAUGUAACCGAGGAGAGCUAAUAUCUUACACAAUGCACAAUGAACUGACUUUUCAAUCUAUUCAUCCUUUCAUAUUACACUAUUUAAAUAUUGUACAAAGUGAACCUAAGCAGCCUUGUAUCUCAAAAAAUUUGUAACAAAAUAUUGUUGCAUGAAUCACAAAGGUUAGAUAUUUGGUCAUGUGCACAUGCUAGUGUCACAACAAAUAUUUUGAAACAUGAGAGAAUACAGAUCAUCCAUGCUUUAGAAAAAAAACUAUUUUAUAAUUUAUGGGAGGAAAAGAGUUUACUGUACAUUGCUUAAAAUGACCAAGUCCUUAAAAAGCAGGCUGUGACCUGACACUAUAUAAAUGAAGAAGCCAGAGACACAAAACUUUUUAUUUACAUCACUGAAGCAGAACACAGUCAGACUAGGGACUGAAUCCAAAUCAACAGUAUCACAGCUCAGUAGUCUAACAGACAAAAAAAAUAUCUACAAAUAUUUACUGUGAAUCAGUAGACCAACUUAAACGUGCCUACAUACACAAAAAUGAUAACCAGCACUACUUGUUAUCUAAUGCCUUUAUGCCUUAGUUCUUGAUCAAGGUCUCUGCACAUUUUGUUAACACUUAGAAAUACAUUUAGAGAUAAACCAGACAUAUUUAUGAGCUGUUGAAAACCACAAUGUUAGUGAAAAAUGACUUAUUAUUAAAUGGAAAAUUGUUAUUUUAAAACUCACCCUUUCAGCCUAUCACCACACAAACUGUUCUCAUGACCUACAAAUUCCUAUUGCAUACAGCUCACUUCCUUUCUCCACAUCCUUACUUUACCAGACAGGAAUCGCAGUUCUAGUCCCCACUUAUACUUACUUUUCCCCUUCUGCUACUACAACACAUCAUCCAUAAUCUGAGAUAAGUAGGUCUCCACAAGCCAGGAGACUUCAAUGCCACCUAUCUCCUCCUGGAUGACAAGGUAAGCUAUCAUCACAGCAGUUACUCAGAGGAAUUUAAAGACAGAAAUUCCAACCUCAGCUUGAUACUGAUACAUGAUCUGAAAAGCGUUUGCAUAUUGUCUGUUUCAUGGAUUACACUGUGACAAAUUUUUGAAUUCAGUAACUUCUCAAUUUUACUGUUUUCAGGUGAAGAGUUGACAGUAUUUGAAGGGCAUAAACUUU